GGGAACUGGGAAAGAGUGACGUAAUAGUUGACAUAAACAAGCUUCGUUCUUAUAUCGUUCUACGACUUGCACGCAAUUCUUGCACGGCUUUCGGUAGUUUGCUAUUACUGUUUUUUAUUUAACAAAAAUUAAUGGAUUCUUCUGAAGAAGAAGCCGAUUAUGAUAUUGUCGUCAAUAACAAUGAGGUACAACCUUACAUGUUUGAGCCUUUGGCCAACGCGGAAGGUGGUCAUAGUAAUGACAAUUCUUUGUCAUCGGAAAGCGAAGAUGAAUACAUUCACAGAAUUGGAAAUGUUGAAUGGUGCGAGUGUGGCUUUUGUGUGGUCAUGAGUACAGGACGGGAAAGUAUAUGUUGCCAAGAGGUAAACAACACUGAUCCUCUGAUACAUGGCGAUCAUAUUUGCAUCACACAAGAGGAAGAGUUUGCCACAGUAUGUACAAACGAAGCUGUCUUAAAAACAGCUAUGGUCGUGUACACACAUGACAUUGGACCUAUGCCUGAGAGUGAAGAAAACGAGUAAAUAUUACCUUAGAAGUGUAAUUACGUGUAUGUCGACAAGUGUAUAAUGCCGAUAAGUAUCUUAGACAAAAUUUUGUAUC